AUGGAGGGGAACUCGCAGACUCAGCGGGUCACGAACUUCUACAUAGAGACCAUCCUGAGGCCGGACUUCGGCCGGUCCGGGAAGGACCGGGAGGGGGGAAGAGCUGGAGGAUUCAUCCAGAGACACGAAGGAAGCAAAGCCUCCAAAGAGCCGCAGAGAGACCGGGGGGAGCACCGGGGGACAGCGGACGAGCACGGGGCCGACUGUGAGGCCCGCAGGCCCGAACUGAGGCCCGGAGAGGAGGCCGACAAGAGCCAGAUGCUGUGGCCGGCCUGGGUCUACUGCACCCGGUACUCCGACCGACCGUCCUCAGGGCCCAGAUCAAGAAAACCGAAGCGGUCCACAGGUCCCGGGAGGGACGACAAGCGGCCCCGGACGGCCUUCACAGCGGAGCAGCUGCUGCGGUUAAAAGCGGAGUUCCAGAAGAAUCGGUACCUGACGGAGCAGCGGCGGCAGAGUCUGUCCCAGGAUCUGGGUCUGAAUGAGUCCCAGAUCAAGAUCUGGUUCCAGAACAAGCGCGCCAAGAUCAAGAAGACGUCCGGGAACAAGAACGCUCUGGCGCUGCACCUGAUGGCGCAGGGACUCUACAACCACUCCACGAACCAGCCGAACAACCACAGCAGUAACAACCAGCCCACAGACAGCGAGUAA